AUGUCAGGAUGGUGGGCCCACAGGGGCAAUAUUCUUGCCCCGGUAACUGGGUGGCAUGAGGUGCCACCGAGAUUCUACAGCCGGAGAAUGUCCGCUGUAGAUGAUGGGCCCACCGGGGCAAUGUUUUGCCAUGGUUGUGUUUUGAUAGGGAACCGAUCCAAGCGUGGCAAGAAGCGCACGAGGAAGGGUCAUUCCAACUUUCGCACCCACAGGAAGUGGGGAAGUGAGGAUCCCGACGGGAUCCGCGAGAUCUCAGAGGCUCCUGGUAGUGUUCACGAGGAAUCGGGCGGCUCUCGCGAGAGUUCCGUCACAGAGCUACACUCGGCAGUCAUCGACGCAGAGUGUCAAGGCAAUGAUGUCAUCACCGUUGUCAAGAAAUUCCGGCUGGUACGGCUGCGGCCGUCGGCGACUGGCCAGCCGUGGGAUGCGUCCCCCUUACAGGCUACGGCCUCGGGGGGAUAUCUCCCCGGACGGCGUCAAGUUGACCACUACUGCUGGCGGAAUGCUUCUGCCCCGGCUAAGGACGGCUACGGCCGUCGGCUGCUGGGUGAAGAGGAGUCCGAGCAACCGAUGUUUGUUUUUUUGUUUCAUCGGGGCCAGAUGAACUACAUGGAGGAGAGGUGUGGUAUCACGAUUCCAAACCUCCCGCAGCACAUUCCUUCGAAGAGGAUCAAGCGUGACGCAGCGUACCAUCACAAGUCGACGAAUACCAUCAAUACCCACUCUGGUGGCCUGAAGGGGACGUCGAGGUGGAAACCCGACUCGGAAAGCUCGAUGCUGCCGUCCAGCUACGUUUCGAACGAUUUCAGCAGGCCUUGUCGCCCUGCCGCUGGCAGAAUGUUUCUGCCGCGGCGGUGUCGCCUAGGACGGCUACGGCCGUCGGCGACUGGCCGGCCGCCGGCAGAGUUACUCUGCCUGUCCUCUUGGGCGACUGCAGCUGUCGGCAGAAACAUUUUGCCUGGGGGGGGGAAAUGCCUCCCGAGGGGAAGGCGGAAGCUCAUGUUCGACGAACUGAGCGAAUACGUGGAUACGGUCGAAGAGCAGCGCACGGUCACAACGCCAUCGAUUUAA